GAAGUCAUCCAGCUGAGAGCAAUCAGAGCUCAAGCAUGAGCUUAUCGGACUUACACAUUAAUUAUUUUUAUUACAACAGCGAGCCUUUCAAUGUUUCUUUUUCCCUUUCCUUGGAGGCCAUGCAGAGUUCUCAAAGAAAUUCUGGAGGGAAAGCACCUUCAAUGGGUUCCAGUCUUAAAAGUUCUGUCUGGAGUGAGCCAGUCUAAACUCAGGUUUCCCCAAUCUGAGGCCUCGAGUGUCCCACAGUACGUCCUCUCUUUGGUCUCCCACUGCACUACUGUGUUGAGAUGGCAUGAAAAUUCUUACAAAAACUGAAAGUGAAAUGAGGAAGGCUGAUUGAGCAAUCCAUGGAAGGUCAGAGAUCUUCUUCAGGGUAGGGGAAAGAUGCAGCUGGGAGAAAGUCAGGAGAGCGCUCCUGGGGGAGCCUGGUCCUGCCAUGCCAGGAGGGGCAGCCUUCACAGACACAGAUAACAGGAAAUGACCCAUGCCUGCGGUCACUUACUCCAAAGGCCCGGACCUUCAAAGUGCACGUCGUGGAAUGUCCCACUCCGCAGAGAGCCGGCCCCAGUCAUCCUCCCUUUCUUCUUGUCCUAAGAAAGCCGAAGAAAUGAAAGUGGGGUGUGUUCCCAUCGCGCAGCGGGAGGACAGCGCCUGGGCCCGGAUCUGCAGGGAUGGAAGGCUGCUGGUCGCCACCUUGCUGCUGGCCCUGCUAUCCAGCGGCCUCACUGCCCUGGCUUUCUACCGGGUGGCUUCCCUGCAAGCGGACCUGCUGAGCCUGCGCGCGGAGCUGCAGGGUCACCUCGGAGCAGCCGCGCCCGCCUCCCCAGCGGGUCCCGGGGCCACCGCGGUAUCCAGUGGGCUCCUUGCUCCUCCAGCUCCGCGAGCCAGCAACUCCAGUGGCAGCCGCAGGAACAGGCGCGCCUUCCAGGGACCUGAGGAAACAGUCACUCAAGACUGUUUGCAACUGAUUGCAGACAGUGACACGCCGACUAUACGAAAAGGAUCUUACACGUUUGUGCCAUGGCUUCUCAGCUUCAAGAGAGGAAAUGCUCUGGAAGAAAAAGAGAACAAAAUAGUGGUGAGACAAACUGGUUACUUCUUCAUCUAUGGUCAGGUUCUGUACACAGACAAAAUCUUUGCCAUGGGUCACCUCAUCCAGAGGAAGAAAGUACAUGUCUUCGGGGACGAGUUGAGUCUGGUGACAUUGUUCCGGUGUAUUCAGAAUAUGCCUGAAACGCUACCCAAUAAUUCCUGCUAUUCAGCUGGCAUCGCAAGGUUGGAAGAAGGAGAUGAACUUCAGCUUGCAAUACCCCGAGAGAAUGCUCAGAUUUCACGGGAUGGAGAUGGCACCUUCUUCGGGGCCCUGAAACUGCUGUGACAGCCUUCCUGAGCAGAGUGCGUGACUUCUCUGCCAUUCCCUGCAUCUCACAGGGGAAAGUGCCUAACUGAAAAACCAAAAGGGAAAAAGCGUCACCAUAGCCUUUCCUGUGAGCUGUUUGUUUUGGUUUGCUGAAUCUGGUCCAAAACAGGAAAUUUAACAGCAAACCACAACCAAAGUGUGUCAUGUGAAUUACGAGAAAAGGAGCCCAUUUUCAGAAAGACAGAACCGGGAAGCCCAUGCUCCGCAGUCCUAUGCCAAUGUACGGGCCUGGCUGCUUGCCUUGGAAGACUCGUGGUUCACAGAGCAGAAAUGAGUUCUUCAAAUAUUCACUCUGGGUGUUGGGCCCAUCUGUACCACAUUGAAGCAUUUAUGGAAAACCUCAGGAUCUAUUUUCUCUUUCGCAUGAAAUAGGCUCCUCUUCUUCUCUUCAUACUAUGGAAAGUUAAAACAUUCAAGAAAUCUUGGAUUUGGUACAGACAAAAAUGCUUAGAAGUUUAAAGUCAGUUAAAAAUAAACUUAUUUUUUAAAAUGUUUAGAUUUAAAGCAUUAAAUAAUUGGACUGAAAAGAGGUUACUGUUGUGUUUUGGCUUAGUUCAA